GAAACUCGUGGCGGAUUAAAUGUCGGAAGUUGAGACAGCGCAAGGAGACAGAGCAAUACGGCAGCAAGGUUUGCAAGUCAGAAGUGGGAAGAGGCUUCUAGCUGACUCUUUGGUGGUACGGCAAUCUGCACAUUCACCGCUGCUACAAUAGGCUUGAAUUCUGCAAUACUCGACGAUCCGAGGGAUUGUGUCACCUAGGGAGUUCAUAUUACUCUUGGAAUUGCCAGUCGCUCCGGAAAUUUGCUCAUAGGAUUGCAUUGAGAUCGAUCAGGGUUUGAAAGAGGAGGAUGAAUGAAUGAUUCGUGGAAAGAGCUGGUUUGAAUCGUGAGCUUUACUGCGAUGGCACCCAAGAAACAGCCCCAGCAGCAGAAGGGGAAAAAGAAUGCUGCUGGCAAGGCUGGAGAGCCUGCGACCACCAAGGCCAGCAAGGGCGCAGCUCAAGUUCAUAUAUCUUCCGAGAAUGAGAGAAAGCUACGUCAGCUUCUUGCGAAUACUGGGGGAAAUCAGUUCCCUGCUGCUCCAUCGAAGCAGCAUGAAGAGCUCUCUGAAGGUCAGAAAAGGCAGGCCGGGAAGCGCCUUCGAAAUAUAUAUGACACUUUGGUUUCGGAAGGAUUUUCCGCUUCUCAGAUUGAGAUGGGUUUGGGCGCUCUCCCGGUGGGAGGAGCUACCUUGGAAGGAGCGUUGGAUUGGUUAUGCAUGAAUCUUCCACCGGAUGAGCUGCCCAUCAAGUUUUCGAGUGGAGUCCGAGCUGCAGAUAUUGAGGGGCGUCGGUUGAACUUGUGUUGGUCGGCACAUGGGGCGUGUAGGAGGAUCUAUUCAAGUGAUUGCGGCGGCGCGACCAGAUUGGACUCCUACUCCUGUAAAGGAAGAUGACGUGGACAAACCUGCACAAGCAGUAAUAAAACCUGUUAUCAAAGAGAAAAAGCCUGAGAAGGUUGUACAAGCAGAACAAGCUGAUUGGAUUAAGCGCUACUUAGCUCAACAGCAAGAGGAGGAUGCUGAAAAGAGUGAAGGAGAUAGCGGUGGCGAUUCAGAUUGGGAGGUAUUUGCUGAUCCAAAUGAACAAAAUAGGCGGAAGCAGAAACGGCAGGUCGUGGAUCCACGUACCCGGGCUCUUUCACUUGCACAAGAGUUACAGAAGGCAAAGCAGGUUGCAGCUAUGGCGAAGGAGAGAAGAGAUAAGGAGAAGCAAGCAGCGGCAGGUCGAUUGAUUCGUGAAUUGAGACAAGAGAUGUCUGCCCUAGGAUUAACAGAGGAUGUUCUGAACCAGACGCUGGCAGCCAAUUCGCAGAAAUUUUCAGGUCUUGAAGAAAGUGAAUUUCCAAGUCUUGGGGAGACCAAGAAGGUUGCAGGUCUUAAAGAUAGUGCUUUUCCUAGCCUGGGAGAAAGUAAAAAGAUUGCUAGUUCCAAAGAGCAGGCUUUUCCAAGCCUUGGUGAGACUAGAAAGGUUGCAGGUCUGAAGGAAAGUGCGUUUCCCAGCCUUGGAGAAAGCAAAAAAGCUCCAAGAUCAAAAGAGACUGCUUUCCCAAGUUUGGGAGCCAGUAGGAGGACCUCCGAUGAUGAUACUGAUCAACAUUCCGUAGGAACGUCAUAUGCUGCUUUGUUGGGUAAAAUAUAUUCAAACAAGAAAGGAGGGAACUCCGGAGGGCCCAAUUUUGUGAAUCUAAAACCCAAACAAUUACCAGACUGGGCCAGAGCGCCGGUUGUGGAGGAUGUCAAGCAGGAUACAGAAGUAGAAGUAUCAGAGACAGACGAGCAGGUAGAAGAAUUAACAGACGAGCAGGUGGAAGAGAGUAAGCUUCCAGAUCAGGCGAGCGCAAGUUUGGGUGAGAUCGAGGAUGGACUUAUGGAAGCUGAUUCUCCGGGUCAAAUUUCGGUGGUUGAGAGUGAGGUAAAGAUUCUUGAGAAAGUAGCAGAGGCUGAAGCUAAAUCCACGACGAAACCAGUAGAACCUCUGGAUGACGAAGAGGGUGGAAUUUUGGGUAUGUUUGAUGAGGAAGCAGCAGCCGAACAAACUCUACCUGAAAGUGUGGUGGCUAUUCAAAUGGCAGAAAAAUAUACUGCGUGGGGACUGGAGAAAGACAGCAGUAAGAAGAAGCAAAUUCCUCUGAAUAGAAGAGCAAGUCAACUACCGACACAGGAAGAGACUUUGAGACAACCGAAAGCUGUUCUUCAACAGCACUGUCAGAAGAAUGCCUGGGCAGCACCUAAAUAUGAGAAGUUACCAGCGAAAGGCAGGUUAUGUGCGUACACUGUCACUGUCACGAGGCCGACGGUAGGACGCGGGAAGAAUAAAAUAGUUGGAGGUCCAGUCCUUUGUAAACUACCACACACGGAAGAUUACUUUGAUUCAAUAUCUGAUGCGCAAAAUGCAGUUGCAACGUGGGCUCUCUCCAUACUGCUGCCGGAUCUUCCCUUGCAUCGAAUUUUGCCGGAACCUUACCGGAGCAUGUGUCUUCGAUGGCAGACUUCAGGUCAAGAUGCUCGAAAUAUGGAGCUUAAAGGAGAAGAAGCUCGUAGGGCUACGUUCGUUGAUUCUCUUGUUCAAUCCAGCAUCACACGAGAGGUCACUUCCAAGAGCUCUGCGGCAGACUCACAAGACGAUUUGACUGAAGUGGAAGAAGAUAACGAGGCACCUGCUAAGCCAACAACCGAGGGACGUAAAGACAGUAAGAGUGUCUCACAAAAACGAUCAGAGAGCCUGCACCUGAAGAAAAUGAUGGAGGAUAAGUUGAAAUCAAAGAACUACAAGGUCAUGCUUGAUUCUCGAGCCGCUCUUCCAAUGGCCAUGAAAAAGCAUCAGUUUCUUGAGAAACUCAAAGAACAUGAUGUUGUUGUCGUGAGCGGUGAAACAGGUUGUGGCAAAACGACUCAGGUACCGCAGUAUAUACUGGACGAGAUGAUCGGUGCUGGGCAAGGUGGAUUUUGUAAUAUCGUCUGCACUCAACCGAGACGAAUUGCUGCAAUUUCUGUUGCAGAAAGGGUAGCAGUGGAACGAUGUGAGCCUCCACCUGGGAGCAGUGGAUCUCUCGUGGGUUAUCAAGUAAGGUUAGAUACUGCUUGGAACGCAGGGACAAAGCUUCUAUUCUGUACCACGGGUAUUCUGCUACGACGGCUUGCUGGAGAUCGCGAAUUGGAGGGUGUUUCACAUAUCGUAGUUGACGAAGUUCAUGAACGCACAGUUUUGGGUGAUUUUUUGCUCGUCAUUCUCAAAGACUUGCUAGAGAGGAGGAGGAAGGCAGGAGGUUCUCCUCUGAAACUUAUCCUCAUGUCCGCAACUCUUGACUCUGACCUGUUUUCCCAGUACUUUGGAGAUUGUCCUGUAAUCAAAGCCAAGGGUCGGACGUUCCCUGUGACAACUCACUACUUAGAGGACGUUCAUGAUGAACUCGAAUACAGUCUUAGUACAGAUUCUCCUGCGGCCAUGCACAAUGAUUAUAAGGCAAACAAGAAAAAGACAACCAGAAAUCUUGUGGACAGCAGCCGAGGACGGCAAAAUCUUGUUCAGUCUGGUUGGGGAGAUGAUUCUACCCUGGAGGAAACUGCCGUCAAUCCGCUAUACGACAGAGAUUUAUACAGCAAUUACUCUGAAAAAUGUCGGGCCAAUUUGGCGAGUCUGAAUGAAGACGUUAUCGAUUAUGACCUUCUUGAGGACUUAAUUAUUCAUAUCAACGAUGAAGGUGAACCUGGAGCCAUACUUGUGUUUUUGCCUGGUAUGGCAGAAAUCCAGUUUUUGUGGGAUAGGCUUGCAGUCUCAAGAAGGUUUAGUGGAUCAGCAUCGGAGUGGUUACUGCCUCUUCACUCUUCUGUUGCUUCUUCAGACCAACGAAGAGUUUUUCAGACACCUCCCCAUGGUCUUCGUAAGGUCGUCCUGGCCACAAAUAUUGCCGAAACGAGUAUAACAAUCGAUGAUGUCGUACACGUGAUUGACAGUGGGAAGCACAAAGAAAACAGAUUCGACCCACGCCGAGGAAUGUCCAGCAUGGUGGAAGCCUGGAUUUCUCAAGCCAAUUCUAAGCAGAGGAGUGGAAGAGCUGGUCGUGUCAGAUCUGGACAUUGUUACUGCCUUUUCACUAGAAACCGUUUUGAGAAGUUGAUGCGCCCAUUCCAGCUUCCAGAGAUUCUGAGAGUCCCCCUAGUGGAGCUAUGCCUUCAAAUAAAACUUUUGCGGCUUGGCCGCAUAGCCUCUUUUCUUGAACAGGCCUUGGAGCCUCCGAAAGCAGAGGCCGUUCUUAGUGCAGUAGAUACACUUCGUCAGGUCGGAGCGUUGGAUGAGAAUGAGAAUCUGACCUCCCUCGGUUACCAUUUGGCAAACCUUCCGGUCGAUUGUCGCGUUGGAAAGAUGAUGCUAUUUGGAGCAGUUCUUGGGUGUCUUGGACCAGUUCUCACCGUCGCAGCUUGUCUCAGCCACAAGUCCCCUUUCAUAUCUCCACAAGACCAGAGAGAGGCUGCUGAGAGGGCUAAACAAGCUCUUGUUUCUGAUAAGGGGAAGGAUGGAGGUGUUGGCAAUAUUGCUUCUGGGCAACAAUCAGAUCAUCUGGCAAUGGUCGCUGCGUACAACGGUUGGAGUACUCUUGCGACGUUGAAAGGAUCGAGAGCAGCACGUGACUUUUGCAGCAGCAAUUUUCUGAGUGGCUCCACCCUAAACAUGUUAAGGGAUAUGAGAAAUCAAUUUGCUUCGCUGUUAGCAGACAUUGGAUUCAUCAAAGUUCCUCAGGGCGAAAGAGGCAAAAGAGGGAAUUUCGAAAACCUGAUAAAUGAUCCAAAUCAACUUUUCAACAGAAACUCUACACAUGCUUCAGUUGUGAAGGCCGCACUGUGUGCAGGGCUGUAUCCCAAUGUUGCAGCCAUGGAAGAGGAAAGUGUUCGAGCGGGUCAUGCUAGUGCACUGAGUCGUCGGGCCGGGCUGUCAUCCGGAGCGCGUCCUCGUUGGAAUGAUGGACGUAGGGAAGUGUUUAUCCAUCCAACAUCUAUCAACCACAGUGUGGCUGAGUUUCGGCAACCAUUCAUAGUGUUCCAUGAGAAGGUGGAGACCAGUAGAGUGUAUUUGCGAGAUACAACUGUUAUUUCUCCUUAUGCUCUCCUGCUGUUUGGUGGGGCGAUCAACGUCCAACAUCAGACUGGCCGAGUUACAGUUGAUUCAUGGCUAGAGAUGAAUUCUCCCGCACAAACUGCAGUCCUUUUCAAAAAUCUGCGAGCUGCACUUGAUUCUUUGCUCGACGAACAUAUAAAAACCCCUCAGGGCUCCAUAUCUUCAAGGACAAGUGAAGUGAUAACAUCAAUAGCUCAAUUGCUUAUCGACGAAGAGAAAGUGCCACUUUAGGGUAAAGUCGGGAGUUACGUAUACGUAGGAUCUUAAAAUUGGGAUGUGUGGACGUAAAUCACAUAUUCAGAGGGGCAUUCAAAUCGAGGAAAAGUUUUGGUGUGUUAGAGGAUCCAUACAAUUUCUGGUAGCAUUUUCAUGAAAGAGUGCAAGGGGCUGGGAUUCUUACUCUUUACAGUAUUUGUUUCUCAUCGAUUGGGAAAUGAAAUUGAUUUUGACGUCGAGCAGUAGUAAGAAAGAGAGGACAACAGUAGGGCGUAACACCGACUCCUGAUACUGGCGAGGACAGGUCAGAAAUCGAUGGAAUCUAGCUGUCCUGGAUUGAUAUAAAGCCUGAAAAGAUGUAACCUACUUUGUCGAUUCUUUCAUCUGUACGACCGAGGGUUCUCCUGUCGAUUAAUCUACAUCUUUUCUGGCUUCAAAUUC